GCGAAGCCUGCCGGGAAGGAUGCGGGGCAGUCAGGUUUGCCCAAAAUGGCAGCCCUCGAGGGUGAAUUCACGUUGUCUGCGGUACCCUUGGGUGCCGGGCCUAACGGCCUCCUAGGCGUGGAGCCGAGCAACAAGACAGACCAGUUUCUAGUGACAGACAGCGGCAAGACCGUCAUCCUCUAUCAGGUUUCUGAUCAGAAACCCUUGGGGAGUUGGUCAGUGAAACAAGGUCAGAUUAUAACAUGUCCAGCUGUAUGCAACUUUCAAACUGGAGAGUUUAUUGUUGUACAUGAUCAUAAGGUUUUGAGAAUAUGGAAUGAUGAAGAUGUAAAUCUGGAGAAAGCAUUUAAAACUACAUUGUCGGCUGAGGUAUAUAGGAUACAUUCUAUACAAGGGACAGAACCUUUCGUGCUCUUCAAGGAAGGUGCAGUUCGUGGUUUAGAGGCCUUGCUUACAGAGCCACAGCAGAAAAUUGAAACUGUUAUUUCUGAUGAAGAAGUGAUUAAGUGGGCAAAGUUUAUCAUGGUAUUUAGGCAUCCUGUUUUAAUCUUUAUUACUGAAAAACAUGGAAAUUACCUUGCUUAUGUGCAAAAGUUUAACUCAUGUGUCUUAAGCAAAUACACACUCUUACUUGGACAAGAAGAAAAAUCUGUUAUACAGAGCUUUACUGCAUCUAUAGAUCGAACAUUCAUCUCUUUGAUGUCAUUAAGCUCUGAUGGAUGUGUGUAUGAAACUUUGCUACCAAUACAUCCGAGUGACCCAGAAAAAAAUCAGACUGUAGUUAGAUCCCUGUUGCUCAAGACUGUAGUGUCUGGUAAUGCUCGAAAUGGUAUCGCAUUCACUGUCCUGGAUCAAGAUCAUGUAGCAGUCCUGGGACCACCACUGUCAGCUUCCAAGGAAUGCCUCUCCAUAUGGAACACAAAAUUUCAAACACUACAGACUUCAAAAGAGUUACCACAAGGGACCAAUGGUCAACUCUGGUGUUAUGGGGAAAAUUUGUUUAUGCUACAUGGAAAAUUUCUAACUGUGAUUCCAUACAAGUGUGAAGUAUCAUCAUUAGCAGGUGCUCUUGGAAAACUCAAGCAUAGUCAAGAUCCAGACACUCACACUGUGCCUCAUUUUGUAAACUGGGAGACAUCUCAGGGUUGUGUACUUGGAUCCCAGAAUGCUGAGCAGUCAAAGAGAAUUUUAAGGAGAAGAAAAAUUGAUGUGAACGUACAGCCAGAGGUUCCAGCAUCCACACUUUUUUCAACUGUUAAGAAAGAUUCUGAAAAACACAUCGAAGCAGAACUGCAUAAAUUUUUGGCUAGUAAGCGGACACAUGACUUUCAUACUAUUAUUGGCGAUAUAGUAAUAGGACUUCUGAGAAGAUGUAAAGCAGAGCCAUCAUUUUAUCCCCGGAACGCUCUGAUGCAGCUUGUCCAAACACAUGUCCUUUCUUACAGCUUGUGUCCAGGCUUAAUGGAGGCUGCCUUAGAAAAGGCCGACGUGCAAGUGCUGCAACUUUGUCUACAGCAAUUCCCUGACAUUCCUGAGUCCGUCACCUGUGCAUGCUUAAAAAUUUUCUUGAGCAUUAGUGAUGACAGUCUUCAAGGAACAGAUAUCAGUAUGGAAUCAGUUUCUGGCUACAGUGGUACUGUACAAGAUGAGGAAAUGAAAGAGCAAACUGAAAUUCUUCAAAACGGUUUCAAUCCUGAAGAAGGUAACUGCAAUAACAGUGAUCAAGAAUUAAAUGGAAAGCCUCAGAACGCAAGAGAGACCACUUUGUGCCCUGUAAUACCAAAAAGAGCAGCUCUGCUAAAUGCAAUUCUUCAUUCAGCAUAUAGUGAAAUGUUUCUUCUGCCUCACUUGAAAGAUAUCCCAGCACAACAUAUCACCCUAUUUCUCCAGUAUUUGUAUUUCCUUUAUAUGAAGUGUAGUGAAAAUGCUACGAUGACUCUUCCUGGAAUACACCCUCCAACUCUGAACCAGAUUCUGGAUUGGAUGUGCCUACUUCUGGAUGCCAAUUUUACUGUUAUGGUAAUGAUACCAGAAGCGAAAAGGCUACUGUUAAAUCUUUAUAAGUUUGUGAAAUCCCAGGUAUGCAUAUGUUCCGAGCUCAACAAGAUCGAAGUAAGUUUUCGUGAGCUACAGAAAUUAAAUCAAGAAAAGAAUAAUAGAGAAUUAUAUUCAAUUGAAGUGCUAGACCUCUUCUAAUAUACCAGUUCUCCUUCAUAGAUGUUUAAUGAAGCUCUUUUAUGUGAGUCCUUCUACUCAUCCAGAAAAGCGAUGUGUUUUGUUUGUGACUAUCUCAGUGAGAAGACAAAUGUGUCAUCAAGUACCUGGACCAUCACUUAUUGAUGCUUCUAGGUUGGACUGCAGGUUUCACGUGAACCUAUUCUAGGUUAUGGACAUUGGUGGGGAGAGGUUCUGAAAGUUUUUUAAAAUACUGUAACUGAGCUGAUUUUAAGUAAACUUAUUUGUGUAUUGAUAAAAGUCUAAUUUUUUACCAUGUGUUUUGAACAGUUCUUAGAAAAAAAUCACCACUGAAACAGUGAUUCUAGGAAGAAUUUAGUUCUAUCAGAAGCUGUCCCAGCUUAUCUGUGCUCACGGGAGAGAGAAGAGGUCAGUUCCACAGCAGGGAAGGAAGGGGGACCUUGUACAGGCAUGUGCUUAUCUUCUGCCAUUUUCUUCUGUCCUUUACCUACUUCCAUUUGCCUUCUUUACAUACCUGGGGAUUGAACAAUUCCUCUUUCUGUACAUUGUCUCUUAGACUACCUCCAUCAUUAGUUGAUAAUUUAGGUUAUAAAAAUAUACUACUAAAUAGCAAAGUCUCUUCUGAAAAUAGUUUUGUAAAUGAUUGACCAUAGAAUUUCUCUUUUUAACUCUUUGGAUUUAGGACAAGUGAAGGGAUCUAUGUAGAAUAAAAGGUUGCUUUUAUUUCUUGAAAGCAAACUCUAUUUUAUUAAAAGUUAAAUCACUCUUAAUAGAUGAUGUAAAGUAACUUGAAACCUUUCUGAGCUAUGAAGGGCUCUGUUUAAGAAAUCAUUUUGAAACCUGUUUUAACUUAAAGGGUUAUGAUAUGUUUUUUUUAAAUCCUAGAAGUUCUAGCUGUAAAUAAAAAUUUAAGUGAUUCUAGAGCCCAGAUUUACAGAAUCCCAGUUGCUUAACCUAAUUUGCCUUAGAGAUGGCUUCGUUUUAAGUCAGGUACUCUAUAUAAACGUUAGUUAUAACUAUGGCAGAUAAUAAAACAGUUUCUCCUCUCAUUCUUUAUUUUAUUUAAUCCUGAGAGAAAGGAAAUAAAGGUAAGAGUAUGUAUUAACCAUCAUGCUCCCUUAUAUAAUAGGACCUUCUGCUUAGAUAAAGUGAUAUAGUACUUCUCAACAGAAAUGAAAAAUGAGGUCCCCACGGUGUAUAUCUGUUUUGUAUCUUUUUUGCUGAACCACUUAAGAAUUAUCUGCAGAUAUUCAGACAUAAAAUUGUGGGUUCCUAAGCUUUUUCUUAAAACUUUGAGCUAUAGAACAAUGGAUCCUUUGAUUUAGGGGUACAUUUUUAUGGGGGUUAAGAUUAUUCAGGAUUUUUAUACUUUUUAGAUUCUGAGCUAUUUAUGAUUUUGUUUAUAAGAACCCAUAUUAAUAAUUGUAUAUAUUAAUAAGAGGAGUUAAAUCUCAGAUGGAUUUGUGAAUUCUUCCAUCAAAGAAAAGGUGAGCAACUGAAAUUCAGUUGCAGUCAGUUCAUAGACUGAUACUUUGCUCUUCAUGACUCCUGAUAUAUUGCACUCGAAUAUGGUUCUGCAUGGAAGCAUAACUUGCCUGGUCAGACAUCAAACAAGUAGAGAGAGGCCUUUGAUGGGGCAGAAGUCAGAGAGAGAUUCUCUGUGCCCUUAAAUUUUUCAUCUUCUGUGCAGGGCCCUUAUAAAGUCUUUAUUGUAACAUUUAAUAAUUUGGGUUGUAAAUAGUAUGGAAAAAAAUUACUGAUGCUUGAAAUAAGUAGAAAAUUAGGUUGCCUACAGACUAAGUCAUUAAAUUUAGAAAUAAGGAUUUUAUAAGGACACAGAGACUACUUACUUUUUGUUGAGGUAUAAUUGAGACAAAACUUACAGUCUGAGUUCUUAAAAACAGACUUUGUCUUACUUUUCCUACACACUAAGCACAAGACCACCAGCACGUAAUUGCUGUUCAUUAAAUGCUUAUUGAAUAAAGUUACUGAAUAAUGGAUCUCAUCUGUCCAACUGUAGAGUAAUAAUUUUGAGCAUUUGCAAUAGUUACUUUUUCUGAAAAGUAAAUCAUCUAUGUUUACUACAUAUAAGCAGUAUAUUUCUUUCUACCUCUACACUUAUUUUUUAAUGAUAAAUUUUAUCUCAUUUGUUUCUGAUUACUUAUACUAUGUCUAUCUAAUAAGAGAGUUCUUUAAGUUCUCCAUUUAGGAAGUGAUUACCUUCUAUAAACUUUAUAUUUUUUGAGGGAAAUGUGGACUUAUAGGUUAUCAUUACUACUUAAAAUUAGAUGUUUGUUUGCUUUUUGCUUCCUUAGCCUUCCUUGUCCAUAUUUGGUGACUAUAAUUAUAGUGGAGUUCAUUGUGGAUCAUGAAAACAAAGAUGGACUUUUGCCCAGCUCUUUUUUAAAAAUUUUAAUCCUAAAAAAAGUGGCAAGCAAAAACAAUGAGCACUCAUAUAUCCUUGACCUAAAUUUACCUGUUGGUAACAUUGCCACAUUUCUUUUACUAUUUUCUGUAUUUUUUCCUUUUUUUCUGAAUCGUUUGAAUAUUACUUAUCAACACCCAGAUUAAUCCCAUAAUUGGGUUUGACCCCAUAAAUACUUCUUUAAUCCUCUAAAACAAGAGCACUAUUUUACAUGACCACAAUGCAAUUAUCAAAUUCAGAAAAUUAGUACAGUAUUAUUUAGAAUGAUUAUAGUCCUUAUUCAGAUUUAUGCAGUUGUCCUGGUAAUGUCUUUUAUAGCUGGACUUUUUCCCCCUCCUAAAAUCCUUUCAAGGAUCAUGCGCUGCAUUUAGUUUUCAUGUUUCUCUAAUCUCCUUUAGUCUACAUACUUCAUUUCUGAAGAAUCUAAGCCAGUUAUUUCACUGACUGUCCCUCAAUUUGGAUUUGUCUCGUUUCCACACGGUUAGAUUGAGAUUAAACAUUUUUGGCACAAAUGCUUCAGAGAAGGCACAACAGCAGGAAGCACCGAUGUGCACUGUCCCAGCAUUGGUGGUGUUACAUUGGAUCACUUAGUUAAGGGAGGGUUUAACUGACUGCCUCGCUCUAAAGGUACCUUUCCCUUAGUACUUCGUAAGUAACCUGUGUAUAUCUUUGACAGCAUGUGAAUAUCCUACUCUGGAAUGUUCUUCCCCAACAGUGGUUUUAGAUCUACUGGUAGUUUUUGCCUGACUCAGUUACUACUUUGGUGGUUGUGGUUGCAAAUUGUAAAAUGGUUUUUGGCAUAAAUAUCACUUUAAAAUGUUAUGCUGUGCCAUAUAGUGACCAUUCUCAUCUCUUAGGUCUGCUUUAUAUCUAUAGAUGGAUGACCAGAUAAAUGGGUAGACCUAUUUCACAAACUUAGAUAGUUAUAAUCACUUGAGUAUACAAUGUGUGGUCUACUUUUUCCACUUAAUAUUUUCAUAAAAACAUGUUUUUACAUAGUUAACAUGUUUUGGUUCUUUAAAGUUUCAGACUUAGAAUUCUAACUAUAGAGCUGAAAAGGCUUACCAAUGUUAAGUAUCUUUCUUAUCCAGUUUCCACAGCUUUGUACUAGCAGAGCUGAAAUGCAACUUUAGAUUAUACUAUUACACUUCCUUUAUCAGCACUAUUAUAAUUUUGGGCCACUUUUGAAAGCAUUUGCAAAUCACUGGAAUAUUUGGAAUGCUUCUGUUUGCUUUGGACAAAUUUCUUAAAAAAAAACUUUAAAUUCUGAACAUUUGUUGUAGAUUGGCAUCGUUUUAAAUUACCUCCCCAGAGCCUUUUCAUCUCUAAGAAAGCAGUGCGCUGUUAUCAAAGAGAUUUAAAUAAAUGUCUGUUAGGGUUACUCUGUUAGUUUAAGAUCACGUUAAGAUUAUUACCUUGAUUAACACAGCCAAUAAUCAGAUACAGUUGUGCUUUUUGUGUAUUAGAUUUUUAAUUUGUAAUAUAUUUCAGGUCCAGUUGCUAUAUUCUUUGCUCAUUCUCAGAUUUAGAAUGUAAAAUAGUUUUGUUUUUUAAGACUGUAUUUUAACUAGUAGAACAGAUAUACAGAUGUGUAUUUACCAUUUAAGCUUAUGAUACAUUUAUAUAUAUAUAUAUAAUAAUAAGCUAAUAUACGUUAGAUUAUAUAGUACGUACUGUGUGCCGGCCUAAAUGCUUUACAAAUAUUAAUUGAUUUAAUACCCUUAAUCCUGCUUAGCAGUCUCAUGGGGUAAGAUUUGUAGUUGAGGAAAUUGAGGCACAGACCAGUAAGGUAGACUUCCAAGAACGCAUGGCUAGUGACUACCUAGUAACUACCCAGAUUUGAACCCAGGCAGUCUACAUUAGUACUCAGCCCCCUACACUGUUCUGCUCGUAAUCAUUGCAAUAUUUGCUGCAUGGCAUACCUUAAUUUGGUGGACUGAAGUCUUAAGACUCUUAACUCCUAAUUAUUGUUAAUUAUAUGUCAGAAAAUAUCUGCUUCACAGUAGUCCUCCUUGGGAUGUAGUUUACAGAAACACCUUGUGACAGUGAGUGCCAUGUAUAUAAUGCUUAAAAAAUUAUCUGAUAGAUUCUGAAUCUCUGUCACAUGAAUAUGCAGAUCAGCAGAAAGCAUUACUCCAAGACCUAGCAAAUUUUUUCAUCAAACACUGAACACCUUGGGUGGUGACCAUACAAGGCAUGGAAUCAAAAUCAAGAUAGUUUAAAUCUGGAAUAGAUAAAAGUGAAUUAGUCUAAGUUUAAAGAUGAAAGAAUGAUUUGAAUCAAAAACAAAAAAAAA